AAUAAAAAUUAGCUUGGAGUCCGGGCAAAUCAGCGAGACAGGAACAGCCCUAGCGCGGACCAAAGCCGGUGUUCAAUUUCCAUCUUCUUCCGAACACGCCAUUUUCGUCUACGAUAAACGCUCUCAGGGCACUUUUUUUAUCUGCAGAAGAAAAGGGGUUUGUGAGAGGCUUGUAUCCAAAAUGGCUAGAUCCAAACGACGGAGGUUUACCAGUGGUAGCAAUGUCAGACCCGGGACUAUGACUUUCGAGCCUAUUUUGGAAGAAGGAGUGUUCCGUUUUGAUUGUUCUGUAAAUGUUAGAGAUGCAGUACCCCCCAGUAUUUCUUUUUUGAAUACCAAUGAUAGAGACAUAUCUAUCUAUAGUGAGAAGGUUCCGCUCUAUACCCCGACGUUUGCGUGUCGUUCAGAGAAGCAGGUUGUCAAACUUGAGCUGCCUGUAGGUUCUUCCCUUUAUGGAACGGGAGAAGCUAGUGGUGAGCUCGAGAGGACAGGCAAAAGAGUUAUCACAUGGAACACGGAUGCAUGGGGUUAUGGACCGGGAACUACCUCCUUGUACCAAUCACAUCCAUGGGUGUUAGCUGUUCUUCCAAACGGUGAGGCGAUAGGAAUUCUUGCCGACACUACAAGGCGCUGUGAGAUUGAUCUGAGGAAAGAAUCAACAAUACAGUUUGUUGCUCCAUCCGCAUAUCCUGUCAUUACAUUUGGUCCUUUUGCUUCACCCACAGCAGUGUUGAUAUCUCUAUCAAAAGCAAUUGGAACUGUAUUUAUGCCCCCAAAAUGGUCAUUAGGCUAUCAUCAAUGCCAUUCGAGAUAUUUAUCUGACGAGAGAGUUCUGGAGGUUGCAAAAACAUUCCGGAAAAAGAGCAUACCUUGUGAUGUGAUAUGGAUGGAUAACAGUUACAUGGAUGGUUUUCGUUGUUUCACCUUUGACAAGGAGCGUUUUCGAGAUCCCACGUCUUUAGUGAAAGAUCUCCAUUAUAGUGGUUUUAAAGCUAUUUGGAUGCUUGAUCCUGGAAUAAAGCAGGAAGAGGGUUAUUUUGUAUAUGAUAAUGGUUCUAAAAAAGAUGUUUGGGUCCAAAAGGAAGAUGGAAAUCCUUAUGUUGGAGAGGUGUGGCCUGUUCGAUGUGUCUUCCCUGACUAUACACAGUCAAAAGUUCGUGCAUGGUGGGCAAAUUUAGUUAAAGACUUCAUAUCCAAAGGUGCUGAUGGUAUAUGGAAUGAUAUGAAUGAACCAUCUAUCUUUAAGGAUGUAACAAAAACAAUGCCUGAUAGCAAUGUUCAUAGUGGAGAUAGUGAACUUGGAGGCUGUCAGAAUCAUUCUUUCUAUCACAAUGUGUAUGGUCUUCUGAUGGCAAGAUCAACCUAUGAAGGCAUGAAACUGGCUAAUGAAAAGAAGCGUCCUUUUGUUCUUUCAAGAGCUGGAUUUGUUGGCAGCCAAAGGUAUGCUGCAACAUGGACUGGAGAUAAUCUUUCAACCUGGGAGCAUCUUCAUAUGAGUAUCUCCAUGGUACUUCAGCUGGGACUUAGUGGUCAGCCACUUUCAGGUGCGGAUAUUGGUGGAUUUGCUGGAAAUGCAUCACCUAGACUUUUUGGAAGGUGGAUGGGUGUUGGUUCCUUGUUUCCCUUUUGCAGAGGGCAUUCUGAAGCUUGCACCACUGACCAUGUACCUUGGUCUUUUGGGGAAGAGUGUGAAGAAGUUUGCCGAUUGGCAUUGAAGAGGCGCUACCGCCUGAUCCCACUUAUCUACACUCUUUUUUAUUUUGCUCAUACAUGGGGCACACCAGUGGCAACCCCUACUUUCUUUGCUGAUCCAAAAGAUCCUAGCCUGAGGAAGCUUGAAAAUUCAUUUUUGCUUGGUCCAAUCUUAGUGUUUGCAAGCACCUUACGUAGACAGGGUUUGGAUAAGUUGGAGAUUACUUUACCUAAGGGGAUAUGGCUGAAUUUUGAUUUCAACGAUGCACAUCCGGAUUUGCCAGCUUUAUACUUAAAAGGUGGCUCGAUAAUUCCUGUGGGCCUCCCUCAUGAACAUGUUGAAGAGGCUAAUCCUUCAGAUGACUUGACUCUUUUUGUGGCUUUAGAUGAUCAUGGGAAAGCUGAAGGUGUUCUAUUUGAAGAUGAUGGUGAUGGAUACGAAUUCACAAAAGGCAAUUAUUUAUUAACACAUUAUGUGGCUGAACUUAAAUCAUCAGUUCUUACUGUGAGUGUCCAGAAAACUGAAGGGUCAUGGGAAAGACCUAAACGCCGCCUGCAUAUUCAAUUAUUGCUGGGUGGGGGUGCAAUGCUUGAUACAUGGGGAACUGAUGGAGAAGUUCUGCAACUAAUUUUGCCUUCGGAAGAUGAGGUGUCGGAGCUAGUAUCUACUAGUGAGAAGAAUUACAAGGACCGCUUGGAAAAUGCAACUCCAAUUCCUGAUGUAGAAGUAGAAGUAGAAGUAGAAGAGGUUUCUGGACCCAUGGAAACACAGAUUUUAAGAAUUCCCAUUGAACAGCAAAGUGACAUAGAAGACCAUGUUAGUCAGACGCCUGAGGAGGCAAGUACGCCAACUGAUGGAGCGAUAAAUAUUGCUGAUUGUAGUGACGCAUUCAAGACUACAGAGCUUUUCCCUUCCCGAGAUGCUGUGCUGAAUUGGGCUCGAGAAGUUGCAAAAGAGAAUGGAUUUGUCCUUACUAUUUUGAGGUCAGAAACACAUACAGGAAGUAAUAAAAAGAAUAUUAGAGGGAAGACAUAUGUAAUUCUGGGUUGUGAAAGGAGUGGAAAAUAUAGACCAUACAAGAAUACAUUAUCUAAGGUGACUAGUUCCAAAAAAUGUGAGUGCCCCUUCAAGCUAAAGGGAAAAGCUUUGAACAAGGAUGAAGGGUGGAUUGUUAAGGUAAUGUGUGGUUAUCACAACCACGACUUAGGGGAAACAUUAGUGGUGGGUCAUUCAUAUGCUGGUCGACUAACUGCUGAAGAGAAGUCAUUGGUCAUUGAUAUGACAAAGAAAAUGGUGGAGCCGAGAAACAUACUACUAACAUUGAAGGAUCACAAUAAUGACACUACUAUCAGGCAUAUUUACAAUGCUCGACAAGCAUAUCGAUCUUCUCAGAAAGGUCCUAGGACAGAAAUGCAACACCUACUAAAGUUAUUGGAACAUGAUCAAUAUGUGUGUUGGAGUAGAAAGGUGGACGAUUCUGAUGCUAUCAGAGAUAUAUUUUGGGCACAUCCAGAUGCCAUCAAACUUUUAGGUUCUUUCCACACUGUCUUGUUCCUUGACAAUACUUAUAAAGUCAACAGGUAUCAAUUGCCACUGCUUGAGAUUGUUGGUGUUACAUCCACAGAGUUAACAUUCUCUGUUGCAUUUGCUUAUAUGGAGUCGGAUGAAGUUGAUAACUUCACUUGGGCACUACAGAAGCUAAGAGAACUGAUUGUCAAAGACAACGAGAUGCCUCCAGUAAUUAUAACUGUUAGAGACAUUGCUCUGAUGGAUGCAGUGCAGGUGGUCUUUCCUAGCUCUUCUAAUUUGUUAUGUCGUUUUCAUAUAAGCAAGAAUGUGAAGGCUAAAUGCAAGUUGAUAGUUCAUCCGAAGGAGAAAUAUGACUUGGUGAUGGAUGCAUGGGAUAGUGUGAUGAAUUCUCCCAACGAGGGUGAGUAUAUGCAACGGUUGACAUUACUUGAAAAGGUUUGCUCAGAUUUUCCUACUUUUGGCGAUUAUGUGAAAAAUACAUGGCUGAUUCCUCACAAGGAAAAAUUUGUUAUGGCAUGGGUAGAUCGAGUGAUGCAUUUGGGUAACACUACAAUCGACAGGUUUGAAACAGCACAUUGGAGGCUGGAGAACUUGCUUCAAGAUAGUGGGGGGGAUAUGUGUAGUUGUUGGGAUGCUGUGAACAACAUGAUUAAAUUGCAACACACACAGAUUAAGGUGUCGUUUGAGAAAAGUAUAAACAUUGUGGAAUACAAUGAUCCAUUCUAUAGCAAGCUGCGGGGAUUUGUAUCAAGGAAUGCAUUGAGUUAUAUAGCUGACCAUUAUGACCGAGUUAAGACCGUUGGUAUUGAUAUUGAUGGUUCUUUAUGUGGAUGCACAAUUAGAACUACACAUGGUCUACCUUGUGCGUGUGAACUUGCUAAGUAUAGUAGGACGUGGCACCCAAUUCCCUUGCAAGCAAUUCAUGUUCAUUGGAGGACAUUAAACUUCAGUGACCAAGAAAUGAACAAUGAGGGGCUCGAGUUAGCGUUGCAACGUGAAGUGGAUGCUUUGCACAAUCAAUUUCAGGAACUUGAUUAUGCUGGAAAAAUUACUUUGAAGGCCAAAUUGCGUGAACUAGCAUUUCCUGAUGCAAUUUUAAUGUGUCCGUCUCCUGAAAAUUACUUUGAUGCUCCAAAGGCUCUGGGCUUCCGCGAGAGACAAAUCAAUUGAAUGUGAUCCUUUAUGUCCGGAGCAUGCUGAUGCAUAACAUUCUGACCAUGAUAGCAUGUUAGCUCACCCUUCAUCUUAGAAAUCAGCCCAUGAGAGUUUUGCCCAAAUUCCGGUUGAGAUUCAUCCUUUUAUUGAAGACAUUGUAGAUGUGAAACAGACGAGAAAUGUGGUUAAUUGUCUUAGAUAUAUUGUGGUCUUAGUUUCUUUAUCUUCACAUGGAAGCAUUACGUUUUUCCUUCUUGGAGGUUAACCAACGUUAUGUCAGUCAAGUCACCUACUUAGGUUUGUGCAUAAAUGUCACUCUGUACAACUAUGAUAUGUAGUUUGUUUAAAAUCAGGUCUUUAAUUUAAUCUACACUGUUUGGAUGGGGAAUUUUAAUUUGAGUGAGGAAUGUACUGUAAAA